CAGAAACACAGUCUCUUACUUUCCGUCUGUGUUUGCUCAUUAUUUUUUCAGCAGCAAUAAAUCUGUGCUUUUUCAAAGAAAUAACGUUCCAGUUUCACACAUGAGCGUUUGGACAGAGCGGAUUAUCGAUCGCUCACGUCAUCUUCUCUUUGUUCCAGUGUCAGCAGUAUCGAGAGAGCACGUCGGUGCUGGAGAACCAGCCGUCGGGAACCUUUGUUCUGCAGGUUCACGCUGUGGACGCAGACGAAGGAUCCAACGGCAGAGUGACGUACGGAUUCAUGCACAAAGAUUCCACUGUGCCCGCGUUCAGUAUUCACCCUGACACAGGAGUCAUCGUGACGGCGCGGAAAUUUGACCGCGAGCGCCAGCGGGAGUACGCGGUGACGGUGACCGCCACUGACCAGGCGGCCGACCCUCUGAUCGGCAUCUGUCAGCUCAACAUCCUCAUCCUGGACCAGAACGACAACAGCCCCAAGUUUGAGAACCUCCGAUACGAGUACUUCCUCCGUGAGGACACCAUGAUCGGGACCAGUUUCUUGCGAGUGGCGGCUCACGACGAUGACUUUGGCACCAACGCGGCCGUCACUUACUCCAUGUCCAACGAGCAGCCAGAAUAUCUGCGCGUGAACCCUCUGACCGGCUGGGUUUACGUCAACCAGCCCAUCUCUCAGAGAACCUACAUCACCCGCGACAUCGUGGCCACAGACGGCGGGAACCGCAGCAGCUCGGUGGAACUGGCCGUCACCAUCACCAACGUGAAGAACCAGCCUCCACACUGGGAGAAGAACAGCUACAGCGUGGUCAUCCCGGAGAACACUGUCCGAGACACGGCCAUCGUGACCAUCAAGGCCACGUCUCCUCUCGGGGAUCCCAGAGUGACGUAUAACCUGGAGGACGGGAUGGUGCCGGAGACCAACAUGCCCGUCCGCUUCUACCUGACCCCGAACCGCGAGGACGGCUCCGCCUCCAUCCUGGUGGCAGAGCCGCUGGACUACGAGACCACCAGGAACUUCAUGCUCAGAGUCCGAGCUCAGAACGUGGCUGCGGUUCCUCUGGCAGCGUUUACUACUGUCUACAUCAACGUCACAGGUGAGGAGGAGGAGCA